GUGUGUGUAUGAUAAACACUCAACAUAUAUGCAUGUGUGAUAUUUUGUUUUUUGAUUUCAAAAACUGAAUCUUUUCUGUAUGUUUUAAAAAAAUAUUCAAUAAGAAAAUGACCAUUAAAUUAUCAUUUUGUCGUCGUACAUUUUUAAUGCGAAAAUUUCAUUUGCAAUUGUCAAAACCGAACCAAUUGAAACAUUCAAAGCGUAUGAUUGCCACAACAAUGGUCAACGAACAAAAUUCAAAAAUUCACAACGAUGUUUCUCAACUAUCAUUCAAAAGUAUCGACUCUAAUGAAUUGGAAAAGUUUCGAAAAUUCUCACCAAAAUGGUGGAAAGGUGAUGAACUUUUGGCAUUACGAAAUUUGAAUCAAUUACGUGUGCCUUUUAUUGUCGAUGCUCUUCAAUCUCGUUUAAAUGAUAAUUAUGAUAAAGUAACACGUUGUUCACAAUUUCCAUUGAAAGAUUCAAAAUUGUUGGAUAUUGGUUGUGGUGGAGGCAUACUUGCCGAAUCCUUAGCUCGUUUAGGUGGCAAUAUAUAUGGUAUUGAUCCGGUCAAAGAGAAUGUUGUUGUUGCCAAAAAUCAUGCACGUAUUUCAUUUGCCAACACCGAAACCAUGAUCCAUUAUGAAUCAUCGACAAUAGAAGAAUUCAGCACCAUUGCUGAGAAUCAAAAUUCAUUUGAUGCUGUAAUUGCAAGUGAAGUACUUGAACAUGUUGAUGAUAUCAAAAGCUUUUUACAAAGUUCCAUCAAUUGUAUCCGUCCCGGUGGUUUUCUAGUUAUCACAACAAUCAAUCAAACAUUGUUAUCAUAUUUUGGAGCAAUUCUUAUUUCCGAGUAUAUUCUUGGAUUAUUGCCACGAGGAACACAUGAAUAUUCGAAAUUUAUUCCACCGGCAGCAUUAAGUUUGAUAUUGAAAGAGGAUUAUGGUUGCGAUGUUGCCAAAAUUCAUGGAAUGUUUUUCAAUCCAAUUACCUAUCAAUGGAGCUGGUCACAGGAUCAAUCUGUUUCGUAUGCAUUAUUGGCUAUAAAACGUUAAUGGCUAACUGGUUGACAUUUAAUAGAAUCAACGUGAUAUUUUCAUUGAUGUAACGGAUUUACUUAUCCUUGAUCAUCAUCAUCAUCAUUUCCAUUAUGAUUCUGUUCACUUUACACACAAACACAAACACACUCGAUCAAUCAUCGACAAUACAUUUUUAGAAACACAAUUCAUUGAUUGAUUUUGUACAUGUUCCUAAGCAUUGUUCAUGGGAUUUCAUUUUUUCAUGUUUGUUCCGU